ACCGUAUUCAAUCUGGCCACACCUCGAUGUAUUAUUCCUCACAAUAAAGUAAAAAAAUGGAUCGUGGAAAAGGUGGAUCGGGUAGAUCACAGAAAAAGGUGCCACUGGGUGGAGAACUGUUUGCCCUUGGUACAAAAAGCUGUCGAGAUGAUGCAAAAUCCAAAAUUAUCCCCAUUAAACCCAUAUCAUCAUCCGAAAGAAAGCGGGAAGCCUCGUCCGCCCUAGGAAAUCCAUCCAAACGAUUUCGAGGAAAUCUUAAAGAUUCUGGAGCGGACACCUCCACUGGCAGUAGUCAGUAUGAGACCUGGGAACAGUUUGCCGUCGAGUGCGACUUGGAAAAUAUCAUUGAAGCCAUAUAUGCGGCUCUGGAGCAAAACGACACUGAUUCCGUGGGCAGACUAGUAUGUGGAGUCAUAAAGCACACGACAUCAAAUGCGUCCAGAUCCAAAGUGGAUAAUAUUGGCAUUCUUGCCCUGAUAUACGUGGCGAAGCUGCAGCCGCAGGUCUUUUGCACAGAUAUCGUGGCUUGCGCGCUGCUGUCGUUUUUGCGGCGUGAAGCCAAUGUUAAGAUGCGGUACAACACCAAUCUGCACAUACUGUUUACGAACCUGCUGACCAGGGGAUUUGCGGACAUACCACAAUGGCCGGAGAUACUGCUGCGAACGUACAUCGACGACGCUGUCAACGAGCGCUACUGGGCGGACAAUGAGUACUGUGCGUCCUACGUAAAGAAUGUGUGCGCCGCUUUCAAAACACGCACUCCUCACAUAAGCCUACUGCGCUGGGACGUGAGCACGGCCAUACCAUCGGCUCACAGGGACAGUGUCACUAUCGACGACGACUCUGGAGAUAAUUCGACGCAAAGUCUAGAUGCCAGCCCCUUAAAUUCCGAGCUCGAGCCGGUGCCAGACUCAAUUGGCGCCGUCAAGCCUCGAUUCAGCGACGACACUGUCCAGAAGCAUGUCAGCGAGGCGAUUCGGGACCAGUUAAACAAGCGCCAGCAGCAGGAUAAUUACACAAGGAACUUCUUGAAGUUCCUCUGUGCCACUUCAGGCAUAGCCGAGGUUCGCUGUCUGAGUAUUUCCCGCCUGGAGCUGUGGAUACACAAUGGCAAGCUCGUGAAAUUCGCACAGCAACUGCUCUCGUACAUCUGCUUCAACAUCAAGGGGCGCAACACUCAGGAUAACGAAGUACUUUUGGUGCUGGUGAAAAUGCGUCUGAAAACCAAGCCCCUGAUCAAUCACUACAUGUCGUGCCUGAAGGAAAUGAUCUACUUGCAGCCAGAUAUAUUGGGCACUGUCAUGAAGCUAGUGGUUCAAAACGAGCUCUCGAACACAAGGAAUCCCAACAAUAUGGGAAUGCUGGCCACAAUGUUUCAAACAUCUGCGGACCAAUCGGCUGCAAAUCUUGCUGAAAUUUAUCAGGAAUUUCUACUACAACGGGACGAUUGCCUGAGGACAUUGCGUGUGUUUCUACGAGAGCUUGUGCGUAUGCUACGCUUCGACGUGAAUCUCGUUAGGUUCUGCAAAACAUUUCUAAGCGAAAGAGAGGACCUCACUCCGCAGAUCGAACAGUUUGAGUUCAAGGAGCGCAUAUUCCAUUCAAUGGUGGACAUUGUCUGCCUCUGCAUGUUCCUUUCGGCAACACCGCAGGCGCGUGAGGCCAGCCUUUCGCUGAAGAACAAUCGCGAUGUGAAAAAUAACCAAGCCCUGCUCAAGCUGUACAACCAAAUGGGACAGAUACAACUGGACACGGUCUCGUGGAUGUACGAAACAGUGCCGAACGUGUUCAAAAUUACGGGCAUUGAGUACCACCAGGCUCUGCAUAAGCUGCUCCUGCUGGACACUCCCGAGCAGUAUUCACGGUGCGAUCAGUGGCCCUCGGAGCCAGAGAGAGUGGCCAUAUUGAGGAUCAUCUCAGAGACACCCAUUCACGAGGAGACCCUGCUGCGCAUCAUUUUGAUUGGAAUCACCAAAGACAUACCCUUUACGAUUGCCAACACUUUUGACAUAUUGUUUCUGGUUAUCAAGCGAGUCUCUGGGAUGAAGACCAGCAAUAUUCCCGCCGUGCAGGCCAAUAAGUUUGACAUAAUAGACUUUCUGUUCAAUAUGUCCGAGUACCACCAUCCGGAAAAUAUUCGUCUGCCCUCGGACUACGAGCCCCCGAAGCUGGCCAUCAUUGCCUUCUACUGGAAGACCUGGCUGAUUCUGCUCAUGAUAUCCGCCCACAAUCCCUCGACAUUCGGGGCCUUCUGCUGGGAUCACUAUCCCACGAUGAAAAUGCUGAUUGAGAUAUGCAUCACGAGCCAGUUUGUGAAUACCGCAGCCAGCAAGGACGAGUUGCAGAUAAUGACUGUGGAAAGAGACCAUAUACUGCAGUUUGAAACAUAUUUGGCCGCCCAAACGUCUCCGAAUGCAGUCAUCACGGAAGAGAAUGCGAUUCUGAUUACCCAGUUAAUGCUGAUGGCCCCGCUGGGUGCACCGCGCAAGGUGCCGUCUAUGGUCUUGGAUCAAAUGAAGUUCCUCAAUCAAACCUACAAGCUGGGCCAUUUGUUCUGCCGUUGUCGCAAGCCCGACCUCCUGCUGGACAUAAUACAAAGGCAGGGAACCACCCAAUCGAUGCCGUGGCUGUCGGACUUGGUGCAGAAUAGCGAGGGCGACUUUAGUCACCUGCCCGUGCAGUGCCUGUGCGAGUUCCUGCUCUUCAAUGCCGUUAAUAUUAACGAGGAGAACAGCCGGGAUGCCGAACUGGUGAAUUUCCUGCGCAAUUUGACAUUUGACGCUAGCCUAAACCAUCAGAUCGUGUGCGAGCUAUUGGAUUAUAUAUUUAGGCGCCUCUCGUCCACUGUGAAGCAGUCGCGUGUGGCAGCUCUUUCUGGCCUCAACAUCAUCUUCAGGCACUCGGAUGACUACGAGCACGAAUGGCUCCUAAAAUCGAUUCAGCAGAUACCGCACUUCUUCGAGGUGAAGCCGUUCAUAAUUCCCCAGCUGCGAGCUGCCUGCCAGGUGGAGAAUUGCCCAGAGCUGAUCAUGGCCUACAUUCAGUUCAUUACGGCUCACACGAUGGGCGAUCCCGUGAACGAAAUGCUCGACCAUGUCAUCGAUAUGGCGCAGCUGAUUGUGGAGCGCAGCACCAUGUUCCAGCACAUCAUCAUAUCCCAGGAGGACUAUGACUAUGCGCCAGACGACACCCGCAUCCAGACACUCAAGUGUCUCUUUGUGAUGUUCAACAACUACAUCAUCAAGCUGAGGGAGUAUCACGAGCCAUACGAGUGGACCGAGUACCCGGAUCUCCUCAUGGUGCAGUUCGAUGAUGGCGUGCAGCUCCCUCUGCACAUCAACAUCAUUCACGCCUUUAUCAUAUUGCUCACGUACUCGAACAACAACAUGCCAGAGUCCAUACCGAUUCUGGAUUACUGGUUUCCGCCCGGACGACCGGCGCCCGUCGCCUUUCUGCCGAGUAUGCCACAGGAGCAGGUACAGCUGCUGCCCGACUGGCUGAAGCUGAAAAUGAUCCGAUCCUCGGUGGACAGGCUGAUCGAGGCCGCACUGCAUGACCUGACGCCCGACCAGAUUGUGCUCUUUGUGCAGAACUUUGGCACCCCCGUCAACUCCAUGUCCAAGCUGCUGGCCAUGCUGGACACGGCAGUGCUCGAGCAGUUUGACUUGGUCAAAAAUGCCAUACUCAACAAGGCGUAUCUGGCGCAACUGAUUGAGAUUCAGCAGGCUCGCGGUGCAAAGAACGGACACUAUACGGUCCAAGCGCUCGACCUGCAUUCCCAUUCACAGACGGUGCCCGAUCUGCCCAGACUCAGUGUCAUUAUUCAGGAGAAUAUUGAUAUUGGGGACUAUGAGGCCACUGAUGCCAGCAGCAGCAGCAACAACAACUCAACCAAACAGUUGGUUCAAAGGGUACUCACGCAGCCAGAUCAGGAUUGGAUUUCACGCACCGAUUGCCGGGCAUUGAUCCAUCAUCUGCUGGACAUUGUGAUAAGUUCACAUAGAAGCAGCAGCAGCAACGAUCUGCUGGCCGCUGUAACCGAAGUGGUGGCCAAGCUGCCCCCCGAUCGUAGCGUGGAUUUUGAAAGGGCCAUCAUUAUGAGUCAACAUGCCAGCACCCUGCUGAGGGCAUUCUUCAGCUGCAUGCUGCACCGCGACAGCUAUCGCAUUCUGGAGAAAAGCCUACAAAAGAAUUUCAAAAUAUUCAAGCACAAUUUUAGCUUGGAUUUGAGCCUGCUGCAGAGCACCGAGCUGUAUCACGAUAGCCUGGUGUUUAUGCUGCGAAACUCUCGGGACAUUUACUUCCAACAAUUGAAGGGGAACAGUGCCUUGUUGGCCAGAAAGAAGAUCGUUAGGGACAUCAUCAAGAGCUUCGAUGCGCCCAAGAAGGGGAUCAUCAGCAGAGGGAAUAGUUGCCACAAUGAUCAGAUCUUUCACAAUGGACUGUUCAUCGAUUGGCUAUCGGAAGUAGAUCCCGAAAUAGUGUCCACCCAGCUGCUGAAGGAGAAGUUCCUGUUCUCCAAGUCGUGCAGUGAGUUUCGAUUCUAUCUGCUGUCGCUGAUAAACCACCAAACCAACUGGGACACCAUCGAAAGGAUAGCAGAGUUCUUGUUCAGGGAGUUCCGGGCAGACUACGAUUAUAGCACGGUACUUAACUAUUUCGAGGCACUCACCACAAAUCCGAAGCUGUGGAAGGGCAGGGAGAAAUCCUCCUCGAAGAACGCUCGCCCCGAUCCCUUUUUCCUGCUCAAAGACUCAGAGCUCGAGCCAUUCACACACUUUAUGCUGCACGAGGGAGUAUCUGAGAUAAAGGUGGACAGCAGAGGCUACGACUUCAAGCUAUGCUCCAGAAUGCAGCUGCUGUUCAAGCUGACAGAGAAGCGGAGGGACAUGAUGGUCAAGGUUAUGGACUAUGUGGAGGAGAGCUCGGUGUCCGAUUAUCUGAAACUGCAGGUCCAGCAACAGAUGUACAUCAUGUAUCCGCGCAUCAAGUUUCUGAGGCCCAGCAAGGAUGGCGAAAGAUCCUAUAAACUACAGACCCUGAAGGGCUGUCAGGCAGACAAUGUCUCGAAUAAUUUGAUCACGUGCUUGGGCAGCCUGGUGGGAAAGAAAGACUUUGAAACCUUAUCGACUGACACGGAACUGCUUUUACGGAAACUGGCCGCAUCCCAUCCGCUGCUGUUUCUGCGCCAGUUGAGCGUACUCUCCUCCAUAAUGCAGGGCCGGGCACAGAUCACCAUGAAGGCGCUUCGCGAGGAGCAUCACUUCCAUCGUUUCGUGCAGAUCCUUAGGACCUUGGAGCUUCUGCAGCCGACUAUAUUCGAGGAAACGUACAAGACAGAAAUCCAGACCACGCUCUCCUGCUAUUUCAACUUCUUCAAGCACCACAGCUCGGUCAAGGAGGCCUUCCAGAUGCUCAGCAAGUUUGUGCAGGUGCUGCAGGCAUACAUCAACUAUAACCCGUCCAGUGCCUUGCUGUUCAUCGAGCAGUACGUGGGCAUCUUGAUGGAGCUGGCCGCCAAGUACACUUCGUUGGGAAAGCUGCAGGUCCUCGUCCAGGCGGUGGCCCUGCUCCAGCACAAGUCGAACUUCACCUCGGAGCUGGACGAUGAGGAGGUUCGGUCCGAGUACGAGCUAGACGAGCACUUUGAUGUGAAGCCAUUGGCCAGCAAGCCAGUGGUAGCCGAGGUUGAGCCUUUGGAGGGCAGCGCGAGCGCAGUCCCGGCGACAGACGUUGUGGGUGCCCGCGGACCCUCUUCGGUGCUGACCCUGAGCUCGUACAGUAGAUCGAACUACACGGACAUAUCGCCGCAUUUUCUUGACCUGAUCAAGAUCAUUAAGCAGUCCAACACCGAGGAUGUGGUUCUGGGGCCCAUGCAGGAGCUGGAAUGCCUCACAUCCAAAAGGUUUGUGUUCAUUAACGAACUGUUCGAGCGGCUGCUCAACCUGAUAUUCUCGCCGAGUGCCCAGAUUCGAUCGAUUGCCUUCAUAAUCCUGAUUAGACACCUGAAGCACAACCCGGGCAACUCGGAUAUCAAUGUGUGCACCCUAAACGCCUACAUACAGUGCCUCCGGGACGAGAAUUCGUCGGUGGCAGCGACAGCGAUUGACAAUCUGCCAGAGAUGUCGGUGCUACUGCAGGAGCAUGCCAUUGAAAUCUUAUCGGUUGCAUUCUCCCUAGGCCUCAAGUCGUCCCUGAACACCUGCCCGCCCAUCCGGAAGGUUCUGCAGACAUUAGUGAUUCAGCAUGGCUAUUAAAUGUCCAUUGGCAGUAGUUCUAAGUUCUAAUCGGUGAAAACGUAUUGUAAAGAUAGCCUUAUCGAGUGUUUUAGUUGCUUAGCCUGGCCUCCAGGGGGCGGCAAACAAAUAAAUUAUAAGUUAUA